ACUGUUUGCUAGCAGCUGUACAGCCUCGCUAUCGGUCUCCAUCAUUUCUCAGUGGAGCAGCGACACGAAUACAUAGACACUGCAAUCACCUCGCUAUAUUUUAGCCCAGCACCCCGACACACCGCAGGCGCUGUGAAGAAAACUCGGCAUGGGGGACCAUAUUGCUAUUUUCCUGUUGAUGCUUGCGUCCACGGCAUUGUCUCUUGAGGUGCCGUCGGACGAGGGCGGCGGUCUCCUGGCGGAACCGCAGGUGGCCAUGUUCUGCGGGAAGCUGAACGUGCACAUCAACGUGCAGACGGGCAAGUGGGAGCCCGACCCCAGUGGAACCAAGAGCUGCAUUGGCACCAAGGAGGGCAUCCUGCAGUACUGCCAAGAGGUUUACCCUGAGCUGCAGAUCACAAAUGUGGUGGAGGCCAACCAGCCUGUCAGCAUUCCCAACUGGUGCAAGAAGGGCCGCAAGCAGUGCCGCAGUCACGUGCACAUUGUGGUGCCCUACCGCUGCCUAGUUGGAGAGUUUGUGAGCGAUGCCCUGCUGGUUCCCGACAUGUGCAAGUUCCUGCACCAGGAGCGCAUGGACAUGUGCGAGAGCCACCUGCACUGGCACACCGUGGCUAAAGAGUCUUGCGGGGACCGCACCAUGAAUCUCCAUGACUACGGGAUGCUGUUGCCGUGCGGCAUUGACCGUUUCCGUGGUGUGGAGUUCGUCUGCUGCCCCAGCGAGGCGGAGCAGGAAGCGGACAGUGCUGAGCUGGAGGUGGACGACUCAGACGUCUGGUGGGGAGGAGCCGAGACUGAUUACACCGACAACAGCAUGGUCAAAGAGGCUGUAGAGCCUGUAGUAGAACCAGAACCCGAGCCGGAACCAGAACCAGAACCCGAGCCCAAGCAGGAGCAGGAGGAGAGCCGGCCUGCCGUCUUCGAGGAGUACGAGGAGUACGACCAGGAGGAGGCCGCCGAGGACAACGACCAGGACGGCGACGGCCAGGAGGACGAGGAGGACGACGAGGAGGAUGACGACGAGGAUAUUGCCGACGACAGUGAGCCCACCACCAGCGUUGCCAUGACGACCACCACAACCACCACCACCGAAUCUGUGGAGGAAGUGGUCAAAGAGGUGUGCCUGUCCCAAGCAGAGACGGGCCCGUGCCGGGCCAUGCUGCCCCGCUGGUAUUUCGUGGGCGAGGAGGGCCGCUGCGCCCCCUUCAUCUACGGCGGCUGCGGCGGCAACCGCAACAACUUUGAGUCGGAGGAGUACUGCCUGUCCGUCUGCAGCAGUCUGAUGCCCACUCCCACCCCCGCCACCCCCGACGCUGUGGACCAUUACCUGGAGCUGCCCGGAGAUGAGAAUGAGCACGCUCACUUCCAGAAGGCCAAAGAGAGCCUGGAGGCCAAACACAGGGAGAAGAUGAGCCAGGUUAUGAGGGAGUGGGAAGAGGCAGAGAGACAAGCUAAGAGUCUCCCACGUGCAGACAAGAAGGCUGUGAUCCAGCACUACCAGGAGAUGGUGGAGGCCCUGGAGCAGGAGGCGGCACGCGAGCGUCAGCAGCUGGUGGAGACGCACAUGGCCCGAGUGGAGGCGCUGCUCAACGACCGCCGCCGCAUGGCCCUCGAGAGCUACCUCACUGCCCUGCAGGCUGGGCCCCCCAGGCCACGUCAUGUUUUCAGUCUGCUGAAGAAGUAUGUGCGUGCCGAGCAGAAGGAUCGCCAGCACACGCUCAAACACUUUGAACACGUCCGCAUGGUGGAUCCAAAGAAGGCCGCUCAGAUCCGCCCCCAGGUGUUGACCCAUCUGCGUGUGAUUGAAGAGCGCAUGAACCAGUCCCUGGGCCUGCUCUACAAAGUACCUGGCGUUGCUGACGAAAUCAAGGACCAAGUUGAGCUUCUCCAGAGGGAGCAGCAGGAGAUGUCUGUGCAGCUGUCUUCGCUGCAGACGGACGUGCGUGUCAGUUACGGCAACGACGCCCUAAUGCCCGACCUGCCCGAGAGUACGGCACCCCAGGAGACACUGCCCCCGGUGGAGGGAGGACUGCUGGACGGCCUGGGCUUCAUCCACCCCGAGAGCUUCAACCAGGCCAACACACUGAACGAGGUUGAACCUGUCGACGUCCGUCCCAUGCCAGACAGAGGACUUCCCACACGACCAGGCACAGGGCUGAAGCUGGGAGAGAUUCCUGAGCUUAAGAUGGAGGCUGAGGAGAGGCACAGUGCUGGAUACGUCCACCACCAGAAACUGGUGUUCUUUGCUGAGGAUGUUGGUCCUAACAAAGGUGCCAUCAUUGGUCUGAUGGUGGGAGGGGUAGUCAUAGCGACCAUCAUAGUCAUCACCCUUGUGAUGCUGAGAAAGAAGCAGUACACCUCCAUCCAUCAUGGAGUCAUUGAGGUGGACGCUGCAGUCACUCCAGAGGAACGCCACCUGACCAAGAUGCAACAGAACGGCUAUGAGAACCCCACCUACAAGUUCUUUGAGCAGAUGCAGAACUAAGGGGCUCUUGCAACCCUCUACAACCCCCAUAUCUCCAGUCCACCCACCCCCCAUCCUUCCCUCAAACCUUCUCCCCGUCCCUCCUUCCAACCCCCCCCCCCCCCCUCUAGUUCUGGACAGUGUAGGAAGGACCCAUUCCCUUAUUCAACGCAGCCUGCAGCAUUUACCACUAACAUAAGCAUGAUCCUUCAUGAUUGGUCAGUGACCAUGUACGUCAAAAUACCAGACCUGCCAGCUUUAUUUGGAUUGGGAAGAGCGGUUUUGGCCCUCUAGUCUCCCCCUCCCAUUGGCUGGCCACAUAGCUCAGCAGCCCCCAUCCCCCCCCCCCACACCCCCCCCACCCCUUCUUGAGGCAGAGCGUGGAAUGUAAAUCUCCAAUAGGUGUUCUAGAAUCAGAACUGCUGGUGUUCCCCGUGCUGGUCUUCUAUCAGACUUGGGGCAGAUAGAACUGAUCCUGGGUCUGUGGGUGGAGUGCACUGAUGUUACCAUCGGGGGUGAACACUCUCCCAUCUCUACCAGCAGCCAGAUCACACCUGAGGGUUGGUUACAGUGAGGCCAGCUCUCCUCUCUCAUUCCCUCUCUGAUACUCUCUCCAUCCUUCUCUCUUUCUUUCUAACUCUCUCUCUCACUCAAUCUCUCUCUCUUCCUCGUACUUUGACGACAGCAGUGCUGUGUUGCUAAGGUGAACUAUAACCCUGAGACGUGGUGGAUGAUUGUAUUGGAUGUAAUAAUGUUGCGCUCACAAAUGAGAGCUUUGCUUUAGGGUUAUCCAGCAGUCUGGUUUCUUUUUCAGAAAAAUAAGAAGAAAAAAAACUAAAAAUGGUGGGGGAAAAAAUGAAAUGAAAAAUACGUCAAUUGUGGUUCUUUUUUUUAAUACGUGUAAUGUAUUGACGUCAUCAGGACAACUAGCUGUACUUAUUUAGUGCAUGGUGGAAUAAUUAAAAAAAAAACAGACAAAACAAGAUUUGAAACAGAAAUAAAAAAAAUAUAUCUGCUGUUCGGAAAGGGUCCUUUCUCACGUAGAAACCGUGUCAUUUUAGCAGAGUUGUAUAUCUUCUAGUAUAUUCUUGUGAACAUGUGACUGAAUGGAGAUGGAGACAUGAAAACAGAAAUUAGAAUUGGCUUUCUGCUUUGAUAUCAUGUAAACAUAUAUUUUUUUUAGGUCAGUGCUCAUGCUGAUUUUUGAUUUUUUUUUUUUGUCUUUUCUUUCCUUUUUCUUUUUUACUUCACUGUAUUCCUCUUUCUUAACAGGGGAGGCUAGUUGAAUCGGUUUGUGUACAUUUGCGUAUUUGUUUAAGUUUAAUGUGUUUGCAUCCUAUGCAUUUAUUCAGAGAUUAAUUUAGUGGCUUUCUGAAGCGGCUGUAUUUAAUUGAUUCCUACUCAUUUCAUGUGGUCACGUGUGUGUUUUUUAAUGGUUACACAGGGCCCAAGGUUUGGGGUGGGGAGGGUUCCGGGUUGUUUGUUUGUAUGUAUGUAUGUAUGUUUACGCCUGGAUGUAUGGUUUGAGGGUGUGUGUGUGUGUGUGUGUGUGUGUCCGCUUUGUGUGUGUGCGCAUGUGUGCGUGCAUGUAUGUUCUUUCCAGUCAGGUUAGCGUUUCUCAUCCAAUUCCAUGUCAGUUGGUAGAAUACUUCUUCUGUCCCUCCACUGAUUCAUCACUAUUCCACAAAAGCACAGAAAGAAGCUCCCCUCUCUAUCUCUUGCUGUCUCUCGGCUGCUGUAACACAAUAUCUUAACAGAAAAAAAAUAAUAAAAACGGGUGCAGCGAUGCACUUGGUGCAUGUCUUAGAGGAGUCUGCAGGAUAGAGGGAAGGGAAAGAGGGGGAGAGGCAGGCGAGAGAGCCUGGCGCUCGUCAACAGCGACACCUCUCCCUCCUCUGCAUGUCUUGCACUCCUUCCUCUGUUUUGCUGUCUUGCAUUCACCCCCCACAGUCUCUUCUGUUUCAAGCCACCCCACCACCCCCCAAACUCCCCCCCCCCCCCCAUCUAGCUUCCCUUCACCAACUGCAGAAUGUGCUGUUGCUUACGUCUUAACUGCUGCUGCAGACACGCAGCCAAAACAAACAGACAAAAAAAGCAAACAAAACAAAAAAACAGACCACAAUGAAAGUCAUACUCUGGUGUGUAGACACAACAAAUGAAUGUGUUUUUAUAGGGUUUUUUUCUCUCCUCGGAGAUGCCGUUCAACUUUGCAUUCUUCAGCCAAGCUUCCCCACCCCCAUCCCACUCACACCUGUAGGAGCCCUGGACACCCACGCCACCCCCUAGAAAACUCCACUCCUUAGUCACCUUGUUCUGUUGAGAUAACUCCACUCCCCGUCGAGGACAUUAGCAGGAAGCCAUCCUGGUGUAGGUUGGUAGGUAGGGCCCUGUGAUAUCUCUGCAGACUCUCAGAGGCCAAAUUGAAUGGGAGUGAUAACUGCUCUUAAUGGUGUCAGGGGAAACUGGGGAUGGUGGAGACUGUCCUCUCUCUCUCUCUCCUCCAUUCGGGUUGUUCUGUAGCUAGACACUGGAGAGAUGCUGCAGGUUGGCAGUAGAGUGUGUGAGCGAGUGUGUGUGUGUGUGUGUCUGUGUGGUUGGUUUGCUGUGUUCCUGAAAGAGGCCUCCUGUGCAGCGGGUUGAUGUGGAAGGCAGCGGAUUAAAAAAAAAGCAGGUGUUUCUCUCUUCUUUAUUUCUUUCUCUCUGUGACUUUCUCUCUGUGUAUGUGUAAGAAACAAUACAUUUGCUUUGACUGGGGGAAAAAAGCUUUCUACACUGUAUUCCAUAAAUAAAGUUUUGAAUGUACAUACAGAAA